AUGGAAGCACUUGCAGCGGCAGGUGACUCGAUAGCAAACGCCAGCAAUGCACCAGACCUGAGCAUGCUGAUGGGCGGUACGGGCGAGUCGGCCGGCUCUGCGGCGGUGGCAGCCUCGUUAGCAGGCUACACGUCUGCCUUUGCCUCGCUCGAUCAGGCGUGGAAGAACGACCCGCGGGCGCUGUGGUCCAGCUUUGCCAUGAUCAUCGUCUCCGAAAUCGGCGACAAGACCUUCCUCAUAGCAGCCAUCCUCUCGAUGCGUCAGUCCAAACUCAUCGUCUUCAGCGGUGCAUUCGCCUCUUUGGCAGUCAUGUCGAUCCUCUCGGCGUUCUUGGGCGUCAUGUUCCCCACGCUCCUGCCCAAAUCGCUCACCAACCUCAUGGCUGCCGCGCUGUUCCUCGUGUUCGGGCUCAAGAUGGUCAAAGACGGACUGGCGAUGUCGGGGGACGAGAUCAAGGAGGAGUGGGAGGAGGCGGAGCGGGAGAUUGACGAGGAAGAAGGCGACACGCAUGAGAUGGACAGCCUUGAACAGGGUCACCACGCACCGUCGCAUAGUGUCGGCAAGAAGGAAGGUGGAAUGACACACACCCUACGAGAAGGAACGAGGAACCUCUGCGGACUCUGCUUCAGCCCUGUCUUUGCCCAGGCGUUCAUUCUCACGUUCCUGGGUGAGUGGGGUGAUCGAAGUCAGAUCGCAACCAUCGCGCUUGCCGCUGCGCACAACGUGACGCUGGUUUGCGUGGGGACGAUCGUCGGGCACGCGUGCUGCACGAGCAUGGCGGUGAUCUGCGGAAGUUGGUUGGCAAAGAAGAUCAGUGUCAAGCAUGUGACGCUGGGCGGGGCGUUCCUGUUCUUGGUCUUUGCGGUAGUGUAUGCCUGGGAGGCGUAUGAAGAGCCGGGUGGGAUCAGUAUGGAAGGCGUCGUGCAGGCUGCCAAGGAGGCGGCGGGCGGCACAGGUGCCAGAUGA